AUGACUUGGAUGUCUGAUCUUUCCGUUAUUGAGUGGACGAAACCAAUAAUUAGUGAGCUCACGGGGACACUAUCGAUAUCAUGUUGGAUUAUCGUUUUCAUUCCUCAGAUAUAUGAAAUAUACAAGACAAAAUCUACUAGAGGACUAUCUUUACAUUUUUUGGUACUAUGGCUUAUUGGUGAUAUAUUUAACCUGUUAGGAUCACUCAUACAAGGGUUGUUAUUAACUGUGAUUCUAUUAGCCGCAUAUUACACUUUGGCAGAUUUAAUAUUAAUAUUACAAUAUCUUUGUUACAGGCAAAGAGAAGAACAAACAAAUAAUGUAGGUAUAAGAAAUUUAUCUAGUAGCGAAAAUUUAGUUGAUAUGGAGCCUAUAUUACUCUCACCAACAACGUCACAUAUUGAUGAAUUAGAACCACUACUAUCCGAUUGUGAUCCUCACAAAAAGCACACUAAAAACAAUUUGUUAUAUAAUAUAUUUGCUGUAAUUACCGUCCUUGGUGCAGGCUUUUUGUCAUGGUACGUAUCAUUUAUAAGAGAAUCCCGUAAUGGCAUCGAGAAAAAACCAAUCUCACAACCACCGCAAUUGACCGUUAAUAUAUGGGGUCAAAUAUUUGGGUAUAUCAGUGCAAUACUAUAUUUAAGUUCACGUAUCCCUCAAAUUCAUUUAAAUUAUAAGAGAAAGUCAUGCAUUGGAAUAUCAUUAUUAUUUUUCCUUUUUGCCUGUCUAGGGAAUAUACUUUUCAUUAUAUCAUUAUUAGUAGUUUCAAUGGAGUACCAAUAUUUAAUUAUAAACUUUUCCUGGUUAUUAGGGAGUUCAGGUACUUUAUUAAUGGAUAUGACAAUAUUCAUUCAAUUUUUCCUAUAUGAUGAUCAUGAUAGUCAUUUAAGAAAACCAAACUCAGGUUAUUCAAGUACAUCACUUAACAAGAAAUUGGGACCAUCCUCUGAAGUAUAUGAUGAGAUUGAUGAUCUAGACGAUUCAGUUGUAUGA